CUUGCAGCUUUUGGCGUUUUAUUGCCAAAACAUUGUUCUCCGGCGGCCGCUGCUUUCUUCCAUCUUGUCCUGGCGCGGGGGAUUAUGGGUGCAGAGGACGGGUCGUGAGAAGAGACAGGCUGCUGCUGCUGCUGCUAACGGAGGGGAUCCUACAGUGGCAAAGAUACAACGCAACAGGAGGCCAAUUGUGUCCUCAAAGGGUCAAAAGAAGUUAACUGACAAGAUUGUGCAGAGGCGUCAAACGGCAGAUGGCAAUGUGGAGAUGUUGCACAUGGCGUCCCAUAUGACUGAAGGCCCUCGUGGUAAUGACUGGCUUUUUCAACAGGAACGCUGCAGUUCACAAUGCCCAAUAAUUCCAUAUGUGUUCAUUCAUAGUUUUGAUGAUAUAUAUAUAUAUACUGUAUAUACAUACACACACAAUAUACAGUAUAUACAGUGCAGUCAUUACACAAAUAUUGCUGUUAGCUAUUGAUAUACAGAUAUAUGUAUCAAAUUUUUCCUGAGGUGGGCUUUUUUGGGACAUGAGGCAUUUAUUUGUUUAUUUCGGUGCGGCAUUUAUUAGAGAGGAGACUUAUCUUAUGUCUAGCUUAUGUCCAGCUAUAUCUAUCUAUUGUACAGUAUUUCUUCAAAUAUUGGCCAGAUGCUUUUAUUUACUCAACCCCAGCGAGUACAAGGAUUUUGUUAAAGGCAAGGUGUUUAUUACAUAUGAGUCAUCAUUUAUACACAUUUUUAGACGUGAGGCGCUUGUAUAUUUUGGCAAUUAAUUGAGGCACGAUGUCUUAUAGAGAGGAGGCCUUUCUUAUCUCUAGAUAUUUAUGUAUCUGUUGUAUUUCUUCAAAUAGUGGCAGAUGUUUUUUUACUCAACUGCGAAAAAAUACAAUAUUUAUUAGAGGUAAGGUCUUUAUUAAAGAAGAAGCCUUUACAGUAUGUGUACCAGUGCACAGAAGUGUAAUAUUUAAUCACAUAUUUACUUUCCCCACACAAAUAUUGAGGGGGGAUUUUAAUGGAGGUAGGGCUUUUAUUUGUUCAUUUUGGCCAUUAACUAUUAUAUUCUUUCCAACGGUGGCCAAAGGCAUUUAUACCGCAGAGUGUACAAAGUGUUUGUUAAAGAUAAGCUGUUUAUUAGAGGGGAGUCCUUUAUUUGUAGACAUAUAAUAUUGAUCAUUAUUUCCAUAUACAGUAUUUGUAGUAUGUUAUAUUUUCCUCCCUCUUCUUUAUUUUUAUUGGCGGUAGGCAUUUAUUUCAGAAAUGAAUUGAAGCACAGAUUGCAUUAGGCUACAUUUCUUAGUGGGAUUAUGCACAUACUGUAUAGAUCAAUAUAUCUAGUUAUGCACUAUGCGUCUAUCUAUCCGUCCUCUGUGCGCACUGAAGCCUUUAAUCCACAUUUAGCAGCAAGCAAAGUAGAUAAUGAACUAGUAAGCCUUACUAUGCUAGGGCAGUUUUCUUUUGUGUUGUGUAGUUUUUCCUCUCGUGUGAGUGGACGAGCCGCGAAGACUAAGUUGUCUUCUGCAUGCGUAAAAAGGACUGACUGUGUCUCUUGUGUGUGCAUGAAUGCGCAGAAUCCGUGCAAGCCUCUUGAAGGGGAGAGCCGCGCAUCUGCACCACAGAAGAUGCGAGUGUCGGGCUGGAUGUGUAGGCUUUCUCCUCAGAGGGGGGCGGUCGGGGUGGGUGGGGGUGCACCAAACUUGCGCAAAGAAGUGGACUCGUAGCUUAAAGUAUUGACUACAAAUGAAAAAGGGGGGCAUUGGCACCAUGUCGGCUAUACGAAGGAAAUUCGGCGAGGACUACCAGGUGGUGAACACCAACCGGGGCAUGACAUUCUGCGCCCCGACCAAGAGGAAGAGGCAGCGCUUCGUGGAGAAGAACGGCCGCUGCAACGUGCAGCACGGGAACCUGGGCGGCGAGACGAGCCGCUACAUCUCCGAUCUCUUCACCACGCUGGUGGACCUCAAGUGGCGCUGGAACCUGCUCAUCUUCAUCCUCACUUACACGGUGGCGUGGCUGGUCAUGGCCUCCAUGUGGUGGCUCAUCGCUUACAUUCGCGGCGACCUAAACCGGGGCGGCCACGACGCGUCCUACACCCCCUGCGUGGCCAACGUCUACAACUUUCCCUCCGCCUUCCUCUUCUUCAUCGAGACCGAGGCCACCAUCGGCUACGGCUACCGUUACAUCACGGAGAAGUGCCCCGAGGGCAUCAUCCUCUUCCUCUUCCAGUCGCUGCUGGGCUCCAUCGUGGACGCCUUCCUUAUCGGGUGCAUGUUCAUCAAGAUGUCGCAGCCCAAGAAGCGCGCAGAGACACUCAUGUUCAGCCAGGACGCCGUCAUCUCGCAGCGGGACGGUAAGCUGUGCCUCAUGUUCCGGGUGGGCAACUUGAGGAACAGCCACAUGGUGUCGGCGCAGAUCAGGUGCAAGCUCAUCAAGUCCCGGCAGACCCCAGAAGGCGAGUUCCUGCCUCUGGACCAGUGCGAGCUGGACGUGGGCUUUGGCACCGGGGCGGACCAGCUCUUUCUGGUGUCGCCGCUCACCAUCUGCCAUGAGAUCAACAGCAGGAGCCCCUUCUUCGACCUGUCACAACGGUCGCUCAUGAAUGAGCAGUUCGAGAUCGUCGUCAUCCUGGAAGGCAUUGUGGAGACCACCGGUAUGACAUGUCAGGCCCGCACGUCCUACACGGAAGACGAAGUCCUGUGGGGACAUCGUUUCCUGCCCGUCAUGUCGCUAGAGGAGGGCUUCUUCAGGGUGGACUACUCUCAGUUCCACAACACCUUCGAGGUGCCCACGCCUCCCUACAGUGUCAAAGAGCAGGAGGAGAAGUCAUCGCUGACGUCUCCAAACCCUCUCCCCGUGGCCCCCACGCCUUCCUCCCCGCCAACGGGUAACGGUGGACGAGGAAGCCGCAGGGGGAGGCUCCUCUCAGCGGACCACGCCGAUAAUGCGGAGGACCAGUCCGCCAAGCUGCCCAGCAAACUGCAACGCAUGAGCUCCACCAGAGAGGAGCAACUGUGGCGGGGGGGAAAAUCCGGCGUGGCCUUGCCCGGCGGGAAGGCCUCAAGCACGGGCGACCUGCCACUCAGCAUCCAGAGGCUGAGGUCCAGUUCCAUCCCUGCCGCUCGCCAGGGAGGACGGCCGGAGGAGCAGGUCCAGCUCUUGUCUUUGGAUGGGGACGCUGAGGAGGCGGAGCUGGAGAGGCACAAACCGCCGGCGGCCAUUAGCGCCAUCACUACUCCAAACCCGGGCUCCUUCGCUGGGGGGCGGCCGGAGGACAACUUGCCUCCCAAAUUGCGCAGGAUGAACGCAGACCGCUAACUCCAGUGGACGUAACUUCAGGCUUUAUGGGCAUUGCAAGACAAUAAAUAACUGUGAGAUCAGUUGUAAAUUUACCUGCAGGUUUUAUUUGCUGUUUACCUUUUAGAAAGACAAGAAGCCAUGCGCCCGCGAGUACUGUGAGUGUUUUUUGAUAGCUCACCAUCUGUCCUUGAGCUUCUUUUGUUUCACACACUUUCUUAUGAGAUUAAUUAGACUUUAUCUGUAAACAGAGCACCAAAGUGGCAGUCACAAGUGAGGCUGAUGUCGACUGCUUGCUUGCUGACCCCUCCUUUCUCUGCUGGGUUUGUCUUUGGAGGUCAAAUAACUCAGUGGAAUUCAGGAUCAAGUGCUAGAGGUGUCUAAAAAAACACGGAAUGUUUGUCCACUUGAGGAGCAGAGCACCUUCUGCGGUACAAUAGCUAAUCCCUGUGGUUGUACCCUCAAAGGUACUUGUAGUUGUAUUGGUUCUGGAAGCAUCGGAGUCCAAUAAUGAGCCUGAUAUGACAUGUGGAAGGUAUAAAACACUACUGAAGACCCCCAUUACGUAAAAUUGACUUUUUAAUAGUGCUCUAAGAGUAAUAUGUAUCCAUAGAGCCUGUCUAGGAUUAUCAAAUGUGAGAAAAAUAUAUCAGCUUUGUACGGUUUGCUACGGCUCACAUCUUAAAGCCAGAAGUUCUGCCAGCUAUCCAUCAGUCAGCUACAGACCUGAGCGUUGUUGGAAUUUUCAAAAAAAUUUUAGGCUAACCGAGCAUGAUGUUGCUCUUAAAAUGUGAGUGUAAUGUUAGCACUGUAGCUCACACAGCUAUGCUAGUGUUGCAAAAGCGUGUGCCCUCCUGUCACACUCUUUAAUGUUAUGUUGUUGAAUAUGAUAGAUGGCGUCUAUUAAAUUGGACAAGUGCAGUGUAUAUGUAAAAAGUGCAUAAUAGUGCCUCUUGGACACACGCUCAGACACAGCUCAUUAGCAUUAAAACUACAGACUCAUGAAAUGACGAGUUUCUAGUUGGACUUGCUAAAAGCCCUUUGACUCUAUCUAAAUUCCAGCAUCAAGGCUACAUUUUGGACUUCAAAUAGACUACUGUGGGGCAUCUGAGACUUAUUUACUUAUUGGUGAAAAACAGUACAAUAUGGGACCUUUAAAGCAGGCCUCAAUUAAAAAGAUGGAAGGGUUAGCAAACAGCCAGUUGACAAGCGAAUCACUGAUACACAAUUCAGGUUGAUGAAAUUUAUAACUUAAUCACUCUGUGACGUCAGUGGACAGUUGAAAUUUCCUAUUUGCUGAUUGCUAUAAUAGUGUACUUUUUUUUGCAACUAUAGCGUUUUUCUGAAUUUCUGAAACUCACUGUGAAAUAGUACAUUAAAAAAACAUGUGUAUGGGGUCGUUCUCUGAAGUACAGUCCCCCACCGGGUGUCCUAAUUUCUUCACAACUCUUAACCUCCUGAACCGCUGUCGCAAAAACAGUGACGAAUUAUCAAAAUGUGCACCCUUACUGUGUCGCCUGUGCUGUUAUUUGUCUGAUAAAUACACCACAUAGUGGUGCUUUUAUUAAACCCCAUAAGUCAGAUUGACUUGAAAUUUCUCGCACGCGAGCAACAAAAACACCCACUGUAACUUUAGGGUGUUUAACUGAAUCACUACUAAAUUUGGUCCACGCUUUUAGGGGACUGACAAGCAUGUGUGUGCAAAAUUUGAGCAAGAUUGAUGGAAAAACAUGGCCGCCAUCAACCAAAACAUCUUUGGACUGAGCAACUAAUUGUGCAUAAGUUGAGCAUUUGUCUAAUGAUGAUACAACUUUGACGUUAUCUGUAUUACAAGUACGCGAGCAUGUCUUACAAACCAUGUUGACCUCAACCUAUAGGGGGCGCCACAAAUCUAGUGAAAAAUUAGGACACCCCAUAGUGUAUAUCCGUAUUUGACUCAAAAUAGAGCCAUAUUUGAAAAUGAAGUCACCUACUUGUGGUAAUUAUAUCAUUCUGAAACGUCCCCUUGUGGGACUAAUAAAGGCAUACCUUACAUUACUUAGAUUUUUAUUUUUUUUAUUUUAUACCAUUGAUGAUGUUUCCCUUCCUGUUUGCAUUAUAUGUGACAAAACAAGUCACUGCAAAUCAAUUUUUAAUAAAUUCCCUCCGUCCUGAAUGGAUUUAUCAACAUAGCAAAGAAAUAUUGUACAAUGCUUUCAGGGGACACGUGUGAAAAAAGGGGCAAGAAGAAGAAGACAACGUUUUGCAAGUGCAAAAUAAUAAAUUACUUGAAAUCACAGUUGAUUUAAUACUUUCUGCCUCACCAUGGGACAGUGGAGGAUAUUUGUGGUUGCAUUCAAGACGCAGAAAAGAAGUAUCGUGGCGAUAUGAGUCGCAAACGGCAGCCAUGAAAUAUUAACAAGCCUUGAAGAUCUCUGUGAUCAAAUACUCAAAUCAAAAGAUCUCUUUCUUACUUGAAUUUUGCAGCCAUACGCAAGCGAAGCACUCAAGACGAGUCCGCUGUAACACCAAGUCAGAUGAAUGAGGUGCAGCACAAUCAAUCACACACAGACUUAAUGCAGUAUGGAUUCAAGUGUCUUCAGUCUACUGCUGCUGAAUCGCAGCACAUAAAAUGGUGAAAAUUAGCCGAAACAUGCACCCCUACUGUGUUGCCUGUGCUAUUAUUUUUAUGACAAAUAUACCACAUGGUGGCGCUGUUAUUAUACCCCAUAAGCUAGAUUGACUUGAGAUUUCUCACACGCUCUACAACACCCACUGUAACUUAAGAGUAUGAAGCCGAAUCACUAGAAAAUUUGGUACACACCGGUAAAGAACUGACAAUCACGUGUGUUAAAUUUCAUCAAGAAUCAAAACAAAAGUCAAUCUGUCAAAUAAAACUUUGAGGAUAUCUGUGUUGCAUGUGCAGUCUUGCCUCACCACAUCACCUUUCGCAGAUUCGCUGUUGAUUUUUUUUAAAGUGCACGUGUCACAAUUGGGGUCUGAGUUGAGGCUGUCGAGUGCUUGACAGGAAGUGCUCGCUCCUGUCCUGCGGAACAUGACAGCAUGUUUUUUUUAACAGCCUAUGAACGUGCAUUGUGUUGUGGUCCUUUUGAUGUAUUCGAGCGAUCUAUCGGUGCUCCAUCUAUCGGUGUUGUAUGUGUCUGUUAUUGUAUUUACUACUGCUACCAGUAGAGGGUGUUGUGUACUCAUGUGAGAGAAGACUUGUACAGCUGGAGUAAGUAAGUAUGCCACAGUAUGUGUUGCGGGAUAAAUAUAGAGCCACAACAGUGCUGAUUGGCUAAGGGAGAACACAACCAUUGUGUUCUGCGCUCUGAUUAGUUCAAGACCAUUGUCAAUCAAUCCAUCUCCUUCGUGCAGCACUGCCAUGUUUCUUGUUGCUAGCAAUCAUAUGUGCUGAAGGAAGGCAGAAGUUAUGCAGCAGUAGGGCGCCAUUACUGUAGGAAUACUGUAAAUGAAUCGGUUCAUGGAGGACGACAAGGAGGAGUAAAAUAAUACUACAGGAGCAAUAUGUUUUAAUAAGGAUACAAAAACGCUAUAGCCGAACGGCGCCUGGACGAGGCACGGUCAGAGGAGUCAAUUAAUCAAACUUAUUGAUCAAAUUUAAUUUAAUGUCGCAUGACCUUGAGAGUGUUUCAUAAUAUAAUAAUUCAUAAUCAAAGCGAAUUUUCCAUUUGACCAUCAGUUCAUAAUUUUCAUGAGACUGGACCAUCCUUUUGAAUAGUACAUUAAAAAAACAAGAACGCUGGUGACCAUGAACAUGUCACCUAAGCAACACAUUGAGCUGACAAACAAAUGCAGCAGCUGCCGUAAUGACGACUCCUGCCCACCGGGACCGACUGCGAAAACAAUUAAAGAGCACUUAAGAGCGACAAGGAAAUGGAACAGUGUUGGGAGCUCACCCUGUCCCUUUGUCUCCCGCUGGGGUUAGAGAGGAUUAAGUUGACGAAUGCAAGCUAGUGAUUGUUAAACGCAAGUUAUUAACUUCGCCACCAUGCUCCGCCCACAUCCUUGGACGGAAAAUACAUUUGGACAAAACAUGUCAGUUGAGUUUUGUAGGACCUCUGAAAAUUGCCAAAUUGAAAUGACACACCCACUUGUGUUCAUUUUACAGGAUGGUGGCUUGAGACUUUUUUUUGCGUCUACCCAUGAUAGGCAUGACUACAGAAUUUCAUGGUGCUAACUGAAACUGGCUUCAGGGACAUUUUUUUUUAAUCUGAGGUGUUAUUGAGUUAAUUUGGGGGAAGGGUUUUGUCUGUAACUCCUACCAGAGUUAACUGUGAACAGGAUGAUUACACCUGCAAUUUUUGGUGCGUUUGUGAGACAUGCUAGCGUACAUGAAAUGCAGAACAGAUAUCCUCAAAGUCUGAUCAUUAUGAGUCUCGUGGUGAAUGACAUACAGGCAAUUAAGCCCUGUCUGCACAGACACGUCCCUGGGAUUUGGCGGGUUGAAAAAAACUUGCGUCCACACGUGCCGGAUUAGAAAAUAGUUGCACCCAGACGGAAACAGACCACUGGGUGAAAACGAUUUAAUACUCAAGGCACACCUACACGUGGCGCUGUGAACAGACACAAACACGGAACCACGUGACUCAUCCAACUAUAGAUGAAGAAAGAACACAUGCGCACAAGUCCGUCAUCUUCCGCUUUCCAAGGUUUAUUUAGACUUACAACAAAGUGGAAUUACUUCUGCGAGUCAUUUAGGAGUUUGAUACAACAAAAUAUUAGGAGAAUGUCCACUGUCCCCGUGUGUGUGUGGGUUUUCUCCGGGUACUCCGGUUUCCUCCCACAUUCCAAAAACAUGCAUGUUAGGUUAAUUGGAGACUCUAAAUUGUCCAUAGGUAUGAAUGUGAGUGUGAAUGCUUGUUUGUCUAUAUGUGCCCUGCCAUUGGCUGGCGACCAGUCCAGGGUGCACCCCGCCUCUCGCCCGAAGUCAGCUGGUCAGCAUACCCCCGCGACCCCAAUUAGGAUAAGCGGCAUAGAAA